AUGUCCUCCCCGCAGCUACAUGUACCAGAGGAAUCUCCCACCUCAACACCACAAACCGCCUCCUCCCUCAUGUCCAUCGACAUGGAUCUCGCUUCUAGUUCUACCAAUGGCACAGGGACAGGCACCCCUUCCGACAACGUUCCCUCGACCAAUCUCGAUUACUUCCCGAACAACAAUCACAUGGCGCCCCCCGCCAUCUCCAACGGGUUUCAUUCGAUGUUCAUAAAUACAGGUGCCAUCCCAGCUGAGAACUCGAACCAAAACAGGGGCCGAGUAGAUUUCAUCGAGUUUACCAACUUCUCAAAUGAUGCAGUCGCCAAUCAACGGCAAGGCUCAGGCACACUACCAGACGCUGCCCUAGUCCGGUACCCAACGCUGUUUCCAGACAUGGCCAACAUCAAUCCAGUCAACCCAGUCAACCCAGCCCCAGCCACUGUUCCAAACGCAACCUCCGCAACCGCCAUUGCCAAUACCAACGGCAUCACAAACGGCAUCACCAACGGCAUCACAAAUGGCAUCACAAAUGGCAUCACAAAUGGCAUCACAAACGCAAAUGCCAACACCAGCAUGACCCUCCCCGCCCCUCCAAUCCAAGUGACCCUCCACGUCUACCUCACCUCUAUCCCUGUCCAAGACACCCUAGGCCAGCGAUCCCUCGUCCUGUCCGGCCUUCGCUUCCAAGACGCCGGCGACUGGCGUGUGUGUAUUUACGCUGCUCGGAACGAACGCGUGGUUUGGAGUAUCGAUGCCGGUGUGGUGAAGGUGGUGAACCCGGCGACUUGGGAUGGGGUGGUUGCUGGGUUGGGAAGGAGACCGGAUUUGUCGAACGAUGAGAAGAUGUUGUUGAGAAGAGUUGGAAGGUGGGUCCUCGUAGUACACACCAAAGCCCCGACAUUCUCACCAUCGGUCUCCUUACUCCUUGCAGAGACAUAUUACUCGCUCAUCAAGGCUUGUUCUCGUUCCAAACAUGGUAAUCCAGUUAAUGAUAAUGUGUUUGCAAUCCGGCCUUCGAAGGAAACAGCAGUGACGCCCGCGAUUAGACCAUCAAUCCGUGCCAUCCCUCAUCCCAAUCUCCUUCUUGAUGCUUCGACACCCCAUCAUCUCAAACCCGCGCCCAAACAGUAUCAUGAGCGUACAAAGUAG